CACAGUAGACAGAAGGCUGAUGUCUCUGUGUCAGGCAGGCAUGAAGGCAGUUGCUGUAACUUUCUGUGUCCUCUGCUUUCAGUUUGAAGCCCUGUAUGGAAUUGACAGCUACUCAUCAUGUGCAUGCAAAAAUUUAGAUCAGCCCCACCUCUCUGAUGCCCAGGCGAUGGUGGAAUUUGAAAAUGGAAACUUCAAAUUCACAUUCCCCAACCCCAAAAAUGUGAGUGAGUUCAGCAUGACCCUCUUCAAAGGGCGUGAGAAGAAGGAAAUCUGUGCACUCCAUUUGAGCAAGGAGAGUGUUAUCCCCAAGAGUAAUGUCACCUACUGUCAGACACAGAAUUCAAGUAGCAGCACCACUUUCAUUCUUAAAAAUCUUGAAAGAAAACAUAAUGACUUUUAUACCUACUGUCUGGAGAUAUUCUUACCCCCUCCUUACAUAGAUUGCUGUCUGAAAGAAACCUAUUUGUACAUCCAAGAUAAGGAGGACUGCUUUUCACUUGGACUCAUGUCAUGCAUAAUUAUCAGUCUGAUCAUUUUUGCCAUUUCCUGUGUCUGCUGUGUUGCAGCCUGUUGCUUAAGGAACAAGAAUCAGAAGUGUGAAUCCAACUCCCAUGAGUACAACAGUGAAUACAUGCCCAUGGCAGCAGUGAACGCAGCUAAAAAACCAAGAAUCUGAGGUAUAAGUUGCGUGUGGCAUGGAAAUUUUGGAAGCAGUUUUCCAGCUACUUGAACUUGGACAAUGGAAAGUCAGCAUUUCCCCACCUUUCCCAACCUACCUGAGCUCUCAUGAUGGCCCUGUGCUCAGUCAUGUGACACCCACUGUUCUGAACUGUGUUUUUCUCUGGCCUUGUUUGUGAACUGACACCCUGACUGAUCCACUGAUUGGGACAGGAAAUGAUAAUAAUGUGUUAAAGAUGUCAGCUUUCAGUUGAAGAAAAUGUAAGAUUCCUGUAGUGCAGCUACAGAGAGAAAUUUUAUUUUCUAGUCUCCUUUAUGACAAACUUUCCACUGGAGACAAAAAAAAAAGACUACCUCCAAAGCCAAGCCUCGUGGUACCACACAUGCCCUUUUGAUAGGGUUAGUUUAGCAGGGGAACAAAACUUGAGGGAGUACAGCAGGGAUUUCACUGUGACACAUUGCCUCAGUUAUGCACAUCUGCAUUUUUCGUAUUUGUGCUAUCAAUACAACUUUGCCAUUCACACCUUGGGGCUCCCCUUAUUUAACUAAAUUCUGAAUACUUUUACUAAUAGAUGAACAUAUAUAUAUAUAUAUAUAUAUAUUGUAAGACUGCAAUUGCUCCUUAGGUGAGUUCAAAUCUUACAAGUUCUGUCCCUAAAGUCGGAGGCAGUAUCUCUCCUAUUCGUAUCUUGCAGCACAAACACAACACAGUCCCUGUGGCCAGUAUAUUCAUGGACUCUGCAUUGCAAUCUUCCUCCUGUGGUUUGACAUGAAACCUUUACAACUUCCCCAGGGGGUUCAGGGGUUACUUGUCCUGCCUCAAAUUGCUCAGAGCCUUCAGUACAAUGAAAUUAUCAAUCCUUCAUGCUCCAUGUGAAAUCCAUCAAAACUCUGACCAUUAAUGACCAGCUGUGAAUCCAGCCUGCGUUUCUUGCCAGACACCUUUGGGCUGCUGGAACCAGAGCGCUACAUUGAUUCUGAACCUCCCUGUAAUACAGUAGAAAACCCCAAAUAUUGGUCAGAGGAUACUGCUGAGAGAGAUACACAGCCUACUUGUCUGGCAAACAGAAGGCUGGUUUCAAAUUUGAUAGGGCAAAUGGGGACAAGGAGGAAAUAAACUGGUACAUCAAGAACAGGGCUUUCCUCAACAAACACCUGGAAACACAGAAGCAUUGCAGAGGGAAGGUGCUAGCUGCUAACUGUGACAUUAAGCAAAUGAAAAUGAGUAGAGCAUCAAAUGAGGCAGGGACUGCCAAUCACACAGCCCUGCUGUAUAACCAGCUAACCAGCUCCUAGGCAGAGAUGGAGAGGAGGACCCUGGUGUAUUGGGUUACAUUACAUUUUUUCCCACCAUUCUUUGACAAAUUACUUGACCUCCCCAGAAAACUAAGCUUGCCUCUGUACAUACAUAAAUACAUUGAUUUCAUGGUUUAAAAAAUAUAUGGAUGAAAUUAUUGUGUUUGAAAAUUAUUGGUGAAAAGAGCUAACGUAUACUACCUUUGAGAAGAACUGGAUAAAAGAUCCUAUGUAAGAGUGGAGAGUCUUGGAACCUUUCACCAGACUGAGAAGGAAAUUCAAGAAAGAAAGAGUUUCUGAAAGAAGGAAAAACUUGAGGUUUGCCUUGGGAUGCUGCUGGAUAAACAACAAAGGAUGGAAGUCUGAAUAAAGCAUUUUCAAAUACAUACAUCCUGCACUAGAGAGAUAAAUGAUUUAUAUUCAUUAUAACAAAGUUUGUGGAAGUUUCAGGUUCUAUUACUCCUUUCAUUUUGGAAAAAGGUAUUUUUAUUCUUAAUAAAACAC